AUGCAUACUGAUCUAGCUAUUAGCAAGAUCAUCGUGGCAGCAAACACAGACCAAAAUGAAAUUAUAAAUAACACUUUCCAACAAAAUAUCAUCGCUGAUCCUGCUAGUUUUAAUGAAUGGCCCAAUAUCUUAAACACUACUCAUCAGCAAAAUACAACCACUAGCUUAAGUCAAAAUCUUCCACAAAGUGAUACAGCUGCAUCCGCUGCCGCUCACUACCUACAAGUUCUAACAUAUUUUCAUGAUUGGAACAAGCAGUACAAUCGUACUCUCAAGCAAGCCAUCGAGGAAACCCAUAAGAUAAGAGAUUACGUGCGUGAAUACAGAGUAUCUGCAGGAAAGCAUAUCAAAAUAGCCUCUCAUAUCUUUAAUGUCGAUUCAAAACUCAUCCAAGAAUAUCGAGACUGGGAUAAUGAUUACAAGCAUCUUGUUACAAAAUACCACUCGAUAAUGGACCAACACACAACUCUAUGCCAAACUUUUGAUAAUAAGCACAGUGCAGAAAAAGAGGAUCCCACUGCUGGGUACACUUCCUCCAACGACUCAAAUGCUGAUGCCCAUAUCUCCAGUCAGAACUCUGCAGAAAGUCCAAGUGCAGCAGCCGUCAAUCUUGGUACCAUUCGUCAUGAAGAUCUAAUGGAUGGCCUCACUAAAAACUCCGAUGAGGGCCUUACACAAAUGCCAACUACUGCUUCGCCUGGCCCGCAGAUUGAUUGCGAAAAUUUUCUCAUAUGUACACUCUCUGGUUCAACUGCCAAGCUUUUUAGCAUUGCUGAGGAGCUUGAACGUCAUGAAAAUGCUUUGAAGGAAUUUGGCUCCUAA